UUGUGCCGGGGCGCUGUGCAGCUCUACCGGGAUUACUCGUGUGGCGGGAUCGCGGAGCGUCUGACCAACGGCACCUGUGACUGUCCCCCUGGCUUGUGUAGAACACUGAGCCUCCGAGGAGCAGUUCGCCUUGAAUCGAGACGGGCAGCAUUCAGGGGUCAGCUCUAUUUCACCUCACGCAUCGCGGUUGACUCACCUGGCCUGUGUUCCGAGACUGUCUCAGGGAGAAGGAAUGCAGCGGUUCUUCUGAACGCGGGGAUCUUCCAGAAUAGCGAAUGUUUCGAGUAUGUGUGAAUUUGAGAAAAGUCUGGGAAGGGUGAGCUCGAGAACGGUGUGCCUGUUCAGAACUUCUCGGACUGUUAGCUUUCGUUUAUUUCUCGGAGAGUCUUUAUGUUCCGAACGCUGGUUGUAUAGAGAUGAAUGAAGGCCAAGAAGUCAAGGAAAGCUUCCUGUGAGCGGUCCUUGAAUUGCCCAACAGGUUGAGGGGAGAUUGGCAAGAAAAAUGGGUAAGAGGGUGAUGCGCGAUGUUACUGAGAAAUAUUCAACUUCGACAAGGAUACCAGGUGGAAGUUACUGCGGCAGAGAGAGGAGCUCCUCCAAUGACACGGUACAGCCCCGUGUUUGCCAUGCAGCACAUUGUGGGCGUGCCCCAUGUACUGGUACGGAAAAGCUUCUUGGGAAUGGACCUCGUUGUGACAAGGACUCUGUGCAGUCCUGGUCCCAACCAGCCCAGAGAGAAGCGACCAGAGGCCGCAGCCUUAGGGUUGUAUCACCGCCUCCCCGCACUGGGAAGAACACUGGGCCACACCAUUCAGCAGCAAGCGGCCUCCACAGCCAAGGCUUGGUGGGACAGAUACGAAGAGUUUGUGGGACUCAAUGAAGUUCGCGAGGCCCAGGGGAAUGUAACCGAGGCAGAGAAAGUGUUCAUGGUGGCUCGUGGCCUUGUCCGAGAGGCUCGGGAGAAUUUAGAGGCACAGCAGGCUAAGCUGAAGGAGGUGAGGGACCGUUUGGAUCGGGUCUCCAGGGAGGACAACCAGUACCUGGAACUGGCCACUGUGGAGCACCGGAUGCUGCAGGAAGAGAAGAGGCUCCGAGCAGCGUACGUGCGUGCAGAAGACUCAGAGCGGGAGAAGUUCUCUCUCUUCUCCGCAGCUGUGCGGGAGAGUCAUGAGAAGGAGCGCACGAGGGCCGAGAGAACUAAGAACUGGUCCCUCAUUGGGUCAGUCCUCGGAGCUCUGAUCGGUGUGGCUGGCUCCACCUAUGUUAACCGUGUCCGGCUACAAGAACUGAAGGCCUUACUCCUGGAGGCACAGAAAGGGCCUGUCAGUCUCCAGGAGGCCAUCCGUGAACAGGCUUCUAGCUACUCCCUCCAGCAGAGAGACCUCAAGGACCUUAUAGUGGAUCUGAGGGGCCUGGUGCACACUGGGCAGGGCCAGGGCUCUGGGUCACCAACAGGGUCCUCUUCUACCCAAGGGAAGGACAUAGAAACCCUUUCAGCUGCCAUGAGAGAACAGCUCAGUCAUUCCCGGCAGGUCCAUUCCUGCCUAGAGGGUUUACGAGAGCAGCUUGAUGGCCUGGAAAAGACUUGCAGCCAGAUGGCUGGGGUGGUUCAGCUUGCAAAGGCUGCGGCACAUCCAGGCCCGGUGGAUCCAGUAGAUGGGACCCUGCCCAGCUCUUUGCUGGAACAAGGGAGCGUGGUCUUGGCCCUGUCCGAUAUGGGGCAGAGGCUAGAAGCACAAGUCAACAGAAAUACUAUCUGCAGCACGCUGGUCACCUGUGUGACCUUUAUGGCCACAUUGCCUGUGCUGUACAUGCUCUUCAAGACCAGUUAGCCCUGGGAUCCUUCUUCAAAGGGGCCUAAGGGUGGAGGUGGCUGUUGUUGGUGAUAUAAUCAGUCUUGAGGCGCAUAUAGCUUCAGACUGAGUGUCAUCUAAGGAGCUGACCAGCAGGUGUUUUUUUAUUUUGUAGGUAAUACUUAUUUACAUAAUUAUCAAAACUUUCUGUAAAUGUUCAAUUAAAAUAUCUAAGAAUU